UGGGCUCUGCCAAGCUCGCUGUUCACUCCCAUUGUUCGCUGGGUCGAGUCACUUGGAGCGGGGCGGAGUGGAGAGAGGCAGUCAAGGCGGUGGCGACGGGGCCAGCAGAAUAGCCAUGGAUAUGAUGAACAUAAUAGAUCAACCCAUCAAGGUGACAGAAUGGCAGCAAACAUACACCUACGAUUCAGGUAUCCAUUCUGGAAUGAACACCCAGGUGCCAUCAGUGAGCAGCAAGGGCUUGAUGGAUGAAGAUGACCUUUAUGGCAAGCAGUACACCAUUAAGAAAACUACUACUUACAGCCAACCUGGAUCAGGGCAGGCCCAGACUCAAGCGGAAUUGGAGUCCCAGCUUGCAAUGACCCGUGCCCAGCGCAUCCGGGCGGCCAUGUAUCCAGAAACAACUGAAGACCACACUCUUCUACUGACUACCCAAGUUGAGGGGCAGCAGACAAAUGUACAACGAUUGGCUGAACCCUCUCAAAUGCUCAAGUCAGCCAUUGUGCACCUCAUCAACUACCAAGAUGAUGCUGAACUAGCCACUCGUGCUAUCCCUGAACUCACCAAACUGCUGAAUGAUGAAGAUCCGGUGGUAGUCAGCAAAGCAGCCAUGAUUGUGAACCAGCUAUCUAAGAAAGAAGCCUCACGCCGGGCUCUUAUGCAGUCUGCUCAAAUUGUUGCUGCUGUGGUGCGCACCAUGCAAAACACCAGUGACCUGGAUACAGCCCGCUGCACUACCAGCAUUCUCCACAACCUGUCUCACCAUCGUGAAGGGCUGCUGUCCAUCUUUAAGUCUGGGGGUAUCCCAGCCCUUGUGCGUAUGCUUAGCUCUCCAGUGGAGUCAGUCUUGUUUUAUGCCAUCACUACUCUUCACAACCUACUGCUGUACCAGGAAGGUGCCAAGAUGGCUGUUCGCCUUGCUGAUGGUCUUCAGAAGAUGGUCCCCUUGCUGACAAAGAAUAAUCCUAAAUUCUUGGCUAUCACCACUGAUUGCUUGCAGCUGCUUGCCUAUGGGAACCAAGAAAGCAAACUCAUAAUUUUGGCCAAUGGAGGUCCCCAAGCUCUUGUUCAAAUUAUGCGAAGUUACACCUAUGAGAAACUUCUGUGGACUACUAGCCGUGUCCUCAAAGUCCUGUCUGUCUGCCCCAGCAACAAGCCAGCCAUUGUGGAAGCUGGUGGUAUGCAAGCUUUGGGAAAGCACCUGACUAGCUCCAGUCCAAGACUUGUGCAGAACUGUCUGUGGACUCUAAGAAACCUCUCAGAUGUGGCCACAAAGCAGGAGGGUCUUGAUGGUGUCCUGAAGAUUCUGGUCAACCAAUUAAGUUCAGAUGAUAUCAAUGUGCUGACCUGUGCCACUGGUACCCUCUCCAAUUUGACUUGCAACAACAGCAAGAACAAAACCCUGGUGACUCAGUCAAAUGGAGUUGAAGCCCUCAUACACACUAUUCUCCGAGCUGGAGACAAAGAAGACAUCACUGAGCCAGCUGUGUGUGCUCUGAGGCACCUCACCAGUCGGCAUCCAGAGGCUGAAAUGGCACAGAACUCUGUGCGGCUUAACUAUGGAAUUCCUGCCAUUGUUAAGCUGCUUAAUCAGCCCAACCAAUGGCCACUCAUCAAGGCUACAAUUGGCCUCAUCCGUAACCUGGCUUUAUGUCCAGCCAAUCAUGCCCCCCUACAAGAAGCUGCUGUCAUCCCUCGCCUUGUUCAGCUACUGGUAAAAGCUCACCAAGAUGCUCAACGUCAUGCAGCUGCAGGCACACAGCAACCAUACACAGAUGGGGUAAAGAUGGAAGAAAUUGUGGAAGGCUGCACAGGUGCACUACACAUUUUAGCCCGAGACCCCAUGAACAGAAUGGAAAUCUUCCGUCUAAAUACCAUUCCUCUCUUUGUGCAGCUCCUAUAUUCUCCAGUGGAAAACAUCCAGCGUGUGGCAGCCGGCGUACUGUGUGAGUUGGCUCAGGAUAAAGAGGCGGCUGAUGCCAUUGAUGCAGAAGGUGCCUCAGCACCAUUGAUGGAGCUUCUGCAUUCCAGAAAUGAGGGCACAGCUACAUAUGCAGCUGCUGUGCUGUUCCGCAUCUCAGAAGACAAGAACCCAGACUAUCGGAAACGUGUCUCUGUGGAACUCACCAACUCACUCUUUAAACAUGACCCUGCUGCUUGGGAAGCUGCCCAGAGUAUGAUACCCAUUCAUGAACCAUAUGCAGAUGAAUUGGAUGGAGGAUACCGUGGCAUGUAUUCUGGGGAAAUCCCUAUGGACCCCAUGGACAUGCACAUGGACAUGGAUGGAGACUACCCCAUGGAUACAUACAGCGAUGGUGUGCGAGCACCUUACCCAGACCACAUGCUCGCCUAAUAUGUCCCUUGGACAUGUUGGGCAGGACUCAAGCAGAUGUUUCCUUAACACAGAAGAGGGCAGCCCCAGUGCUCAAGUUCUGGGCGUUCAGGAGACAGAAGUGCCUGAGAAAGAUGAUGACAAAUUUCUUCCUUUCCCUUUGAGGCGGUUUUUAUUUUCAUGUUUCCCUCCUGUGGGCUUAUGGGAGUGAUUCCCAGUCCAUAAUCUGUGCUGCAGCUAACAACAUUGUAAUAUUAGCAGUCAGCUAUUUUUUCUGCUCUUUCCCGCAAUAUUCUUUGUUAACAUUCACUAUAUUUUUUUCUUGCAAAUUGGAGCAUUAUCCUUAAACUGCCAUGGAAUCCUGAUAAGUACUUUUAAACCUAUACACUAAAACUAACACACACUGAUAGUACAAUGUAAGAGAGAGAGAAAUGCAUACAUAGAUUGUGUGUUUGGUGUAGAGUUUUUCUUUUAAUAGGAUUGUAUUUGCUUCUUUGUAUUUUUAACACAAAUCAGAACUAAAUCAAAGGAAGAGAAAAUGAGAAUAUUUCUAUUCUGCCCCUCUCAUUUUUUAUUUAACUUUUUAAAAAUAAAACAGAAUCAGCCAUUGGGUGUAAAUUCACCAAGAAAUAAACAGCUUUGCAUUUGUCCAGUUUUUUCCUUUUUUUUUUUUUUUUUAACCCAACAGGUACAUCUGUGGAUUUGAGACCAUAAUCCAAACAGGUUUUUAAUUUGCUGUAUAAACUGGAAUAACUAAAAAAAAUUAGGUAAACACUCUUCCUGCUCACCAGACCACCUUUUUCAUAUUUUUAAUCCAGUCCCCCUUUUUGUUCCCUCCCUUUCUCGCAAUCUUCCUGGUGAUUGGCGUGCUCUCUUCUUCCUCCUAUUCCCUUGCUCCUUCUAAUGCAUUUUUUAAAAGCAGCUCUCAAUGUGAUGGCUUGAGGCUUCCACUGGAAAAGGGAUCGAUGUAGCUGCAAUUGUACUUUAGAACAUUUUAUUAUUAUUUCUCUGAGGGAUAUAUUUUUUUUUUUUUGUAUAGACCAAAGCUAAAGAAAAACCAACAAAAACAAAUAAAAUUUUAAACCUAAACUUGCAA